AUAUUGCCAGUCUCCUCCAUCUCGUCAAGCGUCGAGCAUGCAUGUUUCACGCCGGUUAUCGAGGAGCUACCCGUAAACAUUUACUGUAAGCUGCGAGCCGAAAGCACGACGCCAUGGAAGCCGUCAAAGCCUUUAACAACGAGCUUUACUCAUUGAAUGAGUACAAGCCACCCAUCUCCAAGGCCAAGAUGACCCAGAUCACCAAGUCUGGAAUCAAGGCUAUAAAAUUCUACAAACAUGUGGUCCAGAGUGUAGAGAAGUUCAUACAAAAGUGCAAGCCAGAAUACAAGGUCCCAGGGCUGUAUGUCGUCGACUCCAUCGUCAGACAGUCUCGUCACCAGUUUGGCACGGAGAAAGAUGUUUUUGCCCCACGAUUCAGCAAGAAUAUCAUUGUAACAUUCCAGCACCUGUACCGCUGCCCUUCAGAUGACAAGAGUAAGAUUGUCCGAGUCCUGAAUCUGUGGCAGAAGAAUGCCGUCUUUAAGAGUGACAUCAUUCAGCCUUUGCUGGACAUGGCAGCAGGGAUUGCUCCCCCCAGUGCCACACCUGUCCUGCCCAGCAGCGCUGCUCCGGUCAAUAACACUACACCGGGCACCCCAGCUACACCGGCCACCCCAGCAAACAUAGUCCAGGGGCUCCCUGACUGGGCGUCGCAGAUUACAAACACAGAUACUGUGGCUGCUGUUGCUCAAAUCUUGCAGAGUCCACAGGGACAGCAGCUCCAGCAGCUGGUACAGAGUCUGCAGAUGCAGCAGCAGAAGCCCCAGCCAUCACUGUUGCAAGCAUUGGAUGCCGGCCUGGUGGUGCAGUUGCAAGCUCUGACAGCUCAGCUCACUGCUGCCGCUACUGCCAACAGCCUGAACCCCCUGGAGCAAAGAGUCUCCUCCUUUAACAAGAAACUUUUGGGUCCUUUUGACUUUGGAAACGAAUCUGAGCGCAGUGAAGAGUCUAAAAAGGACGCUUCAUCAUCUCAACUGCCCAUGGUGUCUGAGCCCAUUAACAGCUCACUGUUCCAUCAACUGGCUGAACAACUGCAACAGCAGAACCUGGAGCAGUUUCAGAAGCAGCUGCUCGAGCAGCAGCAGAAGGCAAUGAACAUAGAGGGGCAGGAUUCAAUCUUUGGUCAGGAGAACUCUGUUUCAGCUGGUCAGAACAGCAGCCAGCCGCAACUUCCUGAACCUGAGAACAAGAUCGAUGACUCUAUAGACAACCAGCAGCAGGACAUGGAUCUAGACGAGGGCCCUGAUGGAAUGGAAGAGGAGAUCUUUGAGCAAGAAGACAAGAAAACUUUAAGCACACGAUCCAGAACACGUUCUAGAUCACGCUCCAGGUCUCCCAAAAGGAGAAGAUCCAGAUCCCGCUCAGACUCCCGGAAACGCAAGCACCGUAAGCGGUCCCGUUCACGUUCCAGGGAUCGCAAGAGGAAGUCAUCCCGGUCUUAUUCAAGCGAACGACGUGCUCGAGAACGAGAGAAGGAGCGCCAGAAGAAAGGACUACCUCCCAUACGAUCCAAGACUCUAAGUGUUUGCAGCACUACUCUGUGGGUGGGCCAAGUGGACAAAAAGGCCACUCAGCAAGACCUCACCAAUCUGUUUGAAGAGUUUGGCCAGGUUGAGUCCAUCAAUAUGAUCCCGCCCAGAGGCUGUGCCUACAUCUGCAUGGUCCACAGACAGGAUGCGUACCGCGCACGUCAGAAGCUCAGCACCGGCGCUUUCAAGAUUGGCUCCAAGAUUAUUAAGAUUGCAUGGGCUCUGAACAAAGGUGUAAAGCAGGAAUACAAGCAGUUUUGGGACGUGGACCUGGGUGUCACCUACAUACCAUGGGAGAAGGUCAAGGUAGACGAUUUGGACGGCUUUGCUGAAGGAGGAAUUAUUGACCAGGAGACUGUCAAUGAUGAGUGGGAAGCAACCAAGAAUUGUGAACCAGCCAAGGAAAUUGUGAGUCAGCCAACAAGCGCUGAGCAGCAAGCAGCAUCCAGUGCACAAACUGAGGCCUACCAGCAGGUCACCAUGAUGCCUGUACAGCUUCAACCAGUUGCUCAGGCAGUUCCCGGCGCUGUAGGUUUGGUCCCUCCUAGCUUCCCCGUCACCAUGAGCAUCCCUCCACCAGGCUAUGGACCACCCCCACCCUUCUUAAGAGCUGGCUUUAACGCCUCCCAGCCUCCCCCAGGCUUUAUGCAGGCUGCCCAGACAGCAGGAAUGGCCUCAGCAACUACACCUCUGGUCCAGUCCUCUGUCGCCUCCAGCCAAGACGCUGUGAAAGAGGCCUCCUUCAGCAGUAUGAUGCCUCCGACCAGCACCAUCCCUGGAGGCUUCAUGUCCUCAGCCAUCGCAGGAGCCUCAGUAUUCAACCCUGUGGGAGUUCAAACUCAACAACCCACCGGUGAGAAAGCUCCACAGUCUACAGACGGCCUCCAGAAUGCGGUCCGCGGUGGGGUGGGUCUCCUUGGCAUGCACCCCGCAGCCUCUCUCACCCACCCGCUGCACCAGGCUGGUUUAAGUGGGCAGAGAAUGCCUGGCCUCUUACCCCUGGAUGUGCGACCUAACCUCCUCCAGCCGGGGGCCGCUGCCCGUUUCCCACUCCUCAUGCAGCACGGUGCGGCCCAACAAGCCUCCGGCCUCCUCGACGCUUCCCUUCAGGCUCAGGUCCGCCAAAGGGCCCCGUUCCCCCAGAUGGAUCCCUUCAGCAGGGCCCCCAAUCUUAACAGUGAAAAUGUCUCCAAAACUGAAGACGAGUCGCCCUCUGGGGCCGACGAGGGCAAAGACCAGGACUAUCGCUUCCCUCCUAUGGAAAAGCAGAGCACAGGCUUACUGCGGACCCCUCCACCGGAGCAUAGGGACACCCUCGGUGGCAUUGGAGGGGCAGGGGGAGGAGCAGGACCAGCAGGCCGGCCUCCCUUGCUGCAGACGCCCGGAGCUCACUCAGCCAGAUCCAGUUUAGCGGGGCGUUUGCAGGCCCUGGCAGGCUUCCCCCCUGAUAGUCGCUGGAACCAGGCCAGAGGGGACUUUGAUGAGCGAGACAGCAUGAGAGGAGGUCCACAAGCCCCCGGGGGUCCAAAAGGCUUUCAGGAUGAGCACCGCUCACCCGGCCAGAACUUCUCCAGCCGCUUUGACAGCCGACCCGGACCGGCAGGGGGGGCGGCAGGUGUAAACGCCGGAGCCGUUGGGGGCCCCCAGCCCUGGACUCGUAGUGGUGGUUCCACAGCUCCUUUUGACAAUGAACUGAAUCAAGACCUAGACGACCGCAGACGUCCGUGGGAGAGGCAAAGAGACAGAGAUGAGAGAGAUUUUGACUUCAGGAGAGAGAUGAACGGUAACCGGCACAGCCGCGACAGGGACAGGGAGCGGGAGAGGGAGCACGACAGAGGCAGGGAUCGAGGUAGAGAACGCACCAGAGAGCACGAGCGGGAUAAAGAUCGUGACAAUGAAAGAGAGCGUGAGCGUGGAGGCUGGACCCCUCUUCUUCCUCUGCCCACACCGCUGCUCCCCACUCCUCCUCUCAACCCCAACCUGACCCUGACUCAAGGCAAAACUCUUGCUCCACUCAAAUUAAAUCCUCCAAUUCAGUCACGAUACCAAUCACUCCUCUUGCCUCAAGCUCAGACCCGGCCCCCCCUCCUGGCUAUGCCUCAGAUUCAGAUCAGAGCUCCUCUUCUGCUGCAGAACCAAGUACCUGCAUCCGUGCCCCAGUCAGAAACGCCAGCUCCAGCCGUGACCUCUCCCACCCCGUCACCACCCUCAGCCCAAUCACCCAAGGGUCACAGCACAUUGACUGAGCCUCCGACCCGAUCUGAGCCUCCACCGAAACAAGAACCCCCUCCAGAUUCGAGCUCCCCGCCCCCGGCCGUAGCCCAGCUCCCCCCGAAGACCGCUCCAGACACUGAGAGCCCAAGCCACGCCUCCCCGCUAGCUGAGAUCUCCCCCCAAGCUCCCACUGUGGCCUUCACACAAGCUGACAGAUCCCUGGAAGAUCCAGCUCAAACUGUGGAGAAGCAGGAACCCCCACAGAAGGACGAGGAGGAGUCACAGGAGACGGUGGCUUCUCCCCAGUGGGUCAGUGAACCUGGAAAGGACAGUGUCAGCGUAGCUGAGCCAACUCCCGAGGCCUUUCCUGGGCACGACCUGGACCCUGCCCACGAAGCUUCGGCCCCUAAAAGAGAAACGGAGCCACAGCAGGAGCAAGUUCCAUCUCCUAAGGACCUAGACAGUGAACAGAGUGAGCCUCUGGAGGAAGCUCCGAGUCAGCCAGUGGUAGACACUGUCACAGACACUGAGGGGACAUAAUCAUCACUCAGUAGGUAAAAGAUCAUUUUGUAAAGUUGUCUCUUCUUCUCUGUACUCAUGUCAGCAAACUACCACCACAACACGGGACAUGACGUAUAUUGACUCACACCAGUUGCUGUCUGAUAUCUAUAACAACAAAUGAUUUUAUCUCACAAUUACGAGUGUACUUAAAUAGAAGGCUCUUUAGGGGAUUUAUGGAUAGAUUUCUUUGUGUUUUAUUUCCUUUUUCCUUUUUUUAAGUUGUAAAACCACACCUCCCAUUUUAAUUAAUAUAAGCUUGGUAAAAUUUUAUUGAGUUGCCUGACAAAAUGUUUCAAUUGUAUAUGGGGAAAUUUAGCUUUGACCUUCCUAUGGAAGAGAGUAAAAAUCCUGGCUGUUCGAGAACGGAUUGACUGCAGAUCAUAUAUAAUACUUGAAAGGCUCAACCAAUAUCUGUCUCCUUUUCUUUUAAACUGAUGCUGCAGUUUUAUAAUGAAUGCUUUUAUGGUGUACUACAAUGCUUUCUGUUUCUAAACAGAAAAAAAUACCCACAAAACCAAGACAGCUGCUUAUAAUUGGGGGGAAAAAAAAGAGAUUUUUAAAUUUAAUGUUGUACCCCCUAAAUAAAUGUCUGUAAUUUGUUUCUAAUUACAUAGUGGACACAAAAAAAAUAAAAUGCUGGUGGAAAGAAAAAGAAAAUGAACAGAGGAUGCCCUGAUGUCAGAUGCAUAUUGUUUUAGUUUGAAAUAAACAUGCUCUGUCUGUUUCUAAACACAUGCUUAGGACUGUUUUCUGACCCAGGACCAGUGGAAAAAUAAGACUACUUUUCAAACUCGUACACUGUGUGCUGUCACUUUGAUGCUCUCAAGUUGCUGCUAUACCAUCCAUCCACAGAGCAAUUUGUUGGAUGCAACAAUGGGACUUGUAGUUUUAGCUUCUGAUGACUUACGCCUGUAUGUUUGCCUAAGCUUUUGCUGGGUGACUGGUGAGGAUGGGAUUGUGCCUUCUUGAAUGGAUUUGUUGUUCAUGAUGCUAUCCAACACUUCUAUGUGAUGUACACCAGUCUGUGCGUGCAACUUGGUUUCAGACAGCUCUCUCAAAAGAAUGCUACCUUUGACGAAAUUGGCUCGCGUACCGAUUAAAUGGUAGCCGCGCCGUUUAUACAGCACUCACCUGGAGGAGACGAUACGUACUCCACCACUCUGUGCAUGCAGGCCUGUAGCCAUGUUUUAUCCUUCCUGUCUUUCUUCAUUUCAUACUUAUUGUGGUUUUUUUCUUGAGACAUAUUAGAAAUCCAUAGUCUGCUGUUCUUUCAGACCAAAUGUCUACUACAGGAGUUGUGAUGUUGAAUAAAAGUUAAAGGUGCAUCA